AUGGCUGUGAUGAUCUCCUUUAUGAACCACAGCAUGAAUCUUUCGAAUAUCAGCUGGCUUGCCUUCCUUUGGAUUAUUCUUGCCGUCGUCUCCCUUCCUGCUUCCGCUGCAACGUCCUUGGUUGAUUCUACAACUACUUCCAUUGUUAAUUCAAUAACAUCAUCGUUGAUCGCAUCCUACUUGGGUGGUAAUAGAUCAUCUACCGGUAUUGAUAUUAAUACGGGACGGAGGAUCCUCAAAGCCGCUGUUGUUCAAAUACCUCGAGGAGGAGGAGAAGGUCGUCGUGGUGGGAACAAUCAGGUCAAUAAGAAGCAAAAGGGAAAGAAGGGUGCCAACAAUGACGUGGUGGCGCAUUCCAAAGACUUGGGUACCUUUGUUCGCAUGGGAGUCGAGGCAACACUGGGAAUACUGUUCAUAUUUCUGAGCGAAGCAUCUUCGAGUGAACAACAUCAGCCUUUCAAGAACAAGAUGGUUGUGUCGGGAGGCGUCUGUAUGGCGUUGUUGCUGGUAGAGAUUGCGCGCUUUCUCGGGGAAGAUGCGGCCAAGCUCUCAUUGGCAGCUUUGGCCAUGGUCACUGUGCUCUUUUUGCUUCAGCCGUAA